AUGGCUGCUGCAUUUGACUAUUUAUGUAAAAUUGUGGUUGUUGGAGAGAGUGGUGUAGGUAAAACUGCUUUAACGCAGAGAUUUGUUCAAAAGCCGUUUUGCACAGACUUUUUGCCAACAAUUGGAAUAGAUUUUCAAUCUCGAACAAUUAAUCUGGAUGAUAAACAGUUGAAAUUAGUUUUUUGGGAUACCGCUGGGCAAGAAAACUUUCGAUCAUUGGUUAAUAAUUAUUUUCGAGGAGCGACUGGCGUACUAAUUUGUUUUGCGAUAACAAAUUAUGAAUCAUUUAAAAAUCUCAGUUACUGGCUGGAACAAGUCCAUCAGUAUUGUUCACUGGAAAUAGUUAUACUCAUUGUUGGAACGAAAUUAGAUCUUGAAUCUGAACGAUGUGUUUCUCAGGAAGAAGCAGAAUUAUAUGCUCAAUCAAAAAAUCUUCAAUAUAUUGAACUAAGUUCUAAAUCGGAUGAUCACGUUCAACAUUGCAUUGAAACUUUAUGCAAAUGUAUAAUUGCUAGAAGAGAUCGUUCAGAUACCGCAGUAACUUCAAUUACUCUCGAUAAAAAGCCAGAAAAAGAUUCAUCGAAAACCUUGAUGUGUUAUGACGCACAAACAUGUUCUUAG